UCACCUCAGACAGACAACACCAGACGCGAGUCCUUUCAAGCCCAAGGUCUGCUGAUAUUAUUAGACAAAGACAUGGCAUCUGCACCUGACGCUGCGCCUCCCCUCGACAAGGAGACCACCAACCUCGACAACACUGGCGCCUCCACCAACGGCGCCUCCCCGGCAGCAUACCCUCAAAUGUCUCGCGAAGAGCACGACGUUGCUCGCGCCGCUGCCCGUUUCGGGUACGGCCCCUUGGCUCAAGUCAACACUCACGAGGCCCGUCUCCCUGCCUUUGGUGGUGAAUUCCAGCCUGGUCUGUAUCGUCCUGUGAGCGAUCGCAAGAUUGCCAAUCCUGCUCCUUUGGGCUUGAGUGCUUUCGCCUUGACUACCUUUGUGCUUGGCUGUAUCAAUAUGGGCGCCAGGGAUAUUACUGAGCCUAAUAUUGUGAUCGGACUUGCGUUUGGGUAUGGUGGUUUGGUCCAGUUGCUUGCUGGCAUGUGGGAAAUGGCUGUCGGCAACACCUUUGGUGCCACCGCUCUGUCUUCUUAUGGUGGUUUCUGGCUCGCUUUCGCCAUCACCUUGACUCCUGGUGGAUUCAAUAUCGUGGGAGCGCUUGAAGCAGCUGACCACAACAGCCCAAUCAUGUUCUACAACUCCUUCGGUCUCUUCUUAAUGGGCUGGUUCAUCUUCACCUUCAUCCUCUUACUCUGCACCCUCCGCUCCACCGUGGCCUUCUUCUCGCUCUUCUUCACUCUAGAUCUCGCCUUCUUGUUGCUUGGCAUUGGCUAUCUAGUCCGCGAGAACGGCGCACCAGACCCAAAGAUCAUCAAGGCAGGAGGCUUCUUUGCGCUUCUGGCUGCCUUCUUGGCCUGGUACAAUGCCUUGGCUGGUAUUGCGGAUUCGUCAAACAGCUUCUUCAUUAUUCCUGUUGCUCAUUUCCCCUGGUCUGAGAAGGGGCGCGAGCGUCGGGCCAAGGUUGCUCGCGAUACUGUCUAGUCUAUGACAAAUGACAUCUCACGCAGCACUGUUUUGACACUCGAACUAUGCAAUGAAAAACAAACGGGGUAGAACUCUGAACGUUUCAUGUUUCUAUUUUCUGUCCCUCAGAUACCCUGCUGUCCUCUUUUUUUUGCUUCUCAAACAUCCACAUGAAAUGACUGGUUCAUCGAUAUUAUGAUAUUGAUGAUUGUGGAUGCAUGAUACGAUCCUAAUGUACUGAACUUAGUCAACUCUUUAAUGCAGUAAUACAAUCCUGAUCUGGACUA